AUGAGCUCCCCAUCCCACACCCCUAUUCCAUCCCCUACCCAGUCCCCCUCCCAGUCCCGUUCCAACAAUAUUGCCAACCCUUCCAACCAGCAGCCCUACACUAGCUCUGGAGGCUCAGCCCCUUCCCCUUCCCCCACUCGGGGGUCUUCUUCCCGCCCACCCUCUCACCCUCCCACCCCAAAUGCCUCACAGCCCUCUUCACGGUCUUCCUCCCUAACCCCCAGUCCUCAUGUCCAACAUGUGCCCCGAGGGGCUUCCCAAGUCCCCACUCCACCCACCUCCAAAUCUCCCUCCCAAUCUGGUUUUAAACCCCUGUCUCGAAACCCUUCCCUAAUCCCCUCUGUGCCCAUCACCAAGUCUCCCUCCUAUAGCCCUGCCACCUCGGCCUCCUAUAUUGGGCCAAGUUGGGGCAUACCAUCCUACAUUGCCCCCUACGUGCCCCGCUUUCUGAAGGAGCCCCCCUUUUUCCAGCCCCCUACGGCACCACUUCCCCAAAACCGGUGCUUUCCUUGCCCCUUUCCCUGCUCUCCCCAGGAGCGCCCUCCCCCUCCGGAUUCACUCUACUUCCCUCUCCUCCCCCCGCCCCCCCACCACCCCCAAAAUAACUGUUCCUACCCAACUCCUCCCACUCUGUUCACGCCCCCCUCCUCUCUCUCCUACUCCCUGCCUAUCGAGGUCCUGGUGGGUGGGAAGCCACAUGUGGUCCCCACCGUGCUCCCGGCCACCUUCUACACCCCCUUCUCCCGCUACUACUCCCACCCCCGCCCCCACCGCUCCACCUACCGCAGGCGACCCGGCUCGCUGCCCCUCCCCUCGCUCUCGCAAUACGAUGGUCCUGGGCGCUCUGUCCACUUCUAUCGUGGGUCCUAG